UAUCAAAAUGGCGGUCGAGUUGAAGGAUGUUUGACUCACAAGUCUUGGAUAGAAAUAAGAUUUUGAASUUUUUAAGUGGACAUUAUGGCAGUCACUUUGCACACUGAUUUGGGAGAUUUAAAGAUUGAAUUAUUUUGUGAAGAGACGCCGAAAACGUGCCAUAAUUUUCUAGCUUUAUGUGCCAGCAACUAUUACGAGAAUUGUAUUUUUCAUAGGAACAUUAAAGGGUUUAUGGUUCAAACAGGUGACCCUACAGGAAGUGGCAAAGGUGGGAAAAGUAUUUGGGGGAGAAAGUUUGAAGAUGAGCUCAGUCCAUCAUUAAGGCAUAAUGCCAGAGGUGCUCUUUCAAUGGCAAACAAUGGCCCUAACACUAAUGGAUCCCAGUUCUUUAUCACAUAUGCUAAACAACCUCAUCUUGACAUGAAGUAUACUGUUUUUGGAAAGGUGAUUGAUGGCCUUGAUGUUUUGGAUGAGCUUGAAAAACUGCCUGUGAAUGAGAAGAMUUAUAAGCCUUUAUCAGAAGUCAGGUUAAAAUCUGUAACCAUACAUGCCAAYCCCAUUGCAGAGCAGGCAGCCUAAUGCCUUUCAAGUAUUGUACCUUUACAUUCUCCUACUGCAGACCAAAAGCAGAGCAGGAGACUGUGGGAGAGUCAAAUUUUGUCUAGUUUCCAGCCCACAACAACUCUCAGCACAGGAAGC